GCCCCGGGCGGCUGUGUGUUUGUGUUGGGGAAGAGGAGGAGGAGGAGGAGGAGGGGGUGGUGGUUGCUCCUGGAAUAAGUGGGCUGUCGGUAGCGCCCGCAAGUCGUAGACAGACAGAAGGAAGGAGAGGGAAGGGGGGAGUCUCUCUCCACACACACACACACACAGGCAGAAGAUGGCCGGCCAGCUGCAAGCUUCACUCCUGACACCAGCCCCAUCUCCCCAGCCUCCCUCCUCACCUCUCCAAUGACAGCCGACAUUUGUCUCUUCUAGAGGCGGGGGAGGGAACAACAUAAAAAAAGGGGGACGAGAGAGAGAGAGGAGGGGGGAAAAGAGAGAGGGAGGCUGGUGGUAGAAACAACAACAAAAUAACGCAGACAGGCAGAAACCGGCGCCGUCACAUUCCGGCUGGAGGAGGUGGAGGAGGAGGAGGAGGAAGAGGAGGGAGGAGGCGAGCGGCUCCCUCCCUCCCUCACUCACCAUGGCAGAGAUGGAGAAGGAGGGCAGACCGCCCGAAAACAAGAGGAGCAGGAAGCCGGCUCACCCCGUCAAGAGGGAAAUAAACGAAGAGAUGAAGAAUUUUGCAGAAAACACCAUGAAUGAACUCCUUGGCUGGUAUGGCUAUGAUAAAGUGGAAUUAAAAGAAGGGGAAGACAUUGAGAUUAAGAACUACCCAGUGGAUGUUGAGGGCCGCCAACAUGUUUCUGUGCUGAAAGAAAAUUCCUUGCCAAAACUAAAACUCUCUGAAGACAGUGUUAUUACUUCGCCAUCAAACUCCAAUUCAAGUUUUCCAGGCAUGACUGCUGGAAAUGGGUUGUCGGAUACACCGGCUGGUUCGAAGGACCAUGGGGGUACUCCCAUCAUUGUCCCAUUGAUCCCACCACCAAUACUCAAGCCACCAACAGAUGAUGAAAUGAUAAAUGUGCAGAUAGUUUGUGCCUGGUGCCAGAAGCUGGGAAUUAAGCGUUAUUCCCUGAGCAUGGGAAGUGAGGUGAAAAGCUUCUGCAGUGAGAAGUGCUUUGCAGCUUGCAGGCGGGCUUAUUUCAAACGUAAUAAGAGUAUGCCAUUUACUGCGGAAGGUUGUCCGUUUGAAAGUAGUCCUGGGUCCCAUCAUGUUCAACAGAAUGUGCAGAACAGAAUGAAGAAAGCUGGUUCAGCUGGCUAUCAGGAUAGAAUAAAAGACACAACAGUAUGUGACUGGUGCAAGCACAUCCGACACACAAAAGAAUACCUAGACUUUGGAGAUGGAGAGCGACGGCUACAAUUCUGCAGUGCAAAAUGCCUCAAUCAGUACAAAAUGGACAUUUUUUACAAAGAAACGCAGGCCAAUCUUCCUGCUGGCUUGUGCAAUACAGUGCACCCUCCAGUGGAAAAAAAGUCUGAUAACACAGGCGUACAACUACUAACUCCAGAGUCUUGGAACAUGCCACUGACUGAUACUCGGAGAAAGCCCCCAUCUCCCGUGGCACCUUCCUCACAGACUCAAGUUCCCAUCCCUACCGCAUCUACCGCCCUCUCCCCAUCUGAUCCUGCCAGUAGCUCUGCUGCCAAAAUCCACACUCCAGUCUCUAAGCCAAUAGCUGCAAAUGAAAGUCCAAAUGUUCCAGCAAUCCAGCUUCAGCAGCCAGCCAGCAUUGUGCCUCCGGUGGGUGUCCCCCCAGGUAAUCCCUCCAUGGUAAUGACAAAUCGAGGACCCGUCCCUCUGCCAGUAUUCAUGGAACAGCAGAUGAUGCAUCAGAUCCGCCCACCAUUUAUCCGAGGACCGCAUACUCCAAGCCCUAAUAGUCCCCUGUCAAACCACAUGAUAUCGGGGCUUGGUCCCCCCGCAGGUGGCUCCAGGACCAUGGGUCCUAAUUCAAGCCCCAUGCACAGGCCAAUGCUUUCACCACAUCUCCAUCACCCAUCAGCACCCUCCAUGCCAGGCAGUCAUCAAGGGUUACUUCCCCCAGCAGCGCCCUUACCUAAUGUUUCGUUUCCACCUGUUAAUCUGAUGCCAAAUAGCCACAUGCAUGUCCCGCACCUUUUAAACUUUGGAGUGCCAUCGCUUGCUCCCUUAGUUCCUCCUCCAACGCUCCUGGUGCCCUAUCCCGUCAUUGUCCCACUGCCUGUGCCCAUUCCAAUCCCCAUUCCAAUCCCUCACAUGUUUGACUCCAAGAAUACCAAUGGUAUUUCCAGUAGUGCUGAGGGUUUAAUUCCAAGCACAACUAACAAUGAAGAUGACACUAAAGAGCCAAGUAGUUCUUUGGCAUCGAAUAAUGGGCAGCAGGGAACUUCCAAGCCUAUUAAAGCCUCAUCUAACUGCUCGAGCCAUUCUUUGAACCAGCCAGCCGUGCUUCUUGACACCAGCAGGAGUGAGAUUGUCGAUCUAACUGUCAAGCCUAAUGGUCCAAUUAAAAGCGAUUUUUCUUUCUCUGAUGCAGUAGACUUUCCACAUGAUGAGGUUAUAGACUUGACCAUGAGCCAUAGAAGCAGACUUAAUCACAUUGGUCACAGACCUCUACAUGCUUCUGUGAAAGUUGAAAAUGAAGGCAGAAGUGUUGUAGAUUUGACUCUUUCCAGUCCAGAUAAACGGAACUGUAUCGACUGUAGGGAUUUUCCUCAUUUGAACCCUAUUGAAACAAAGGUGUUAUCUUGUAGUGGUGCUUCCCACUGCAGCACAAUCCAGCUAAAUUCAGGAAGCUCAGGAGGCGACUCAGAUCUAACACCUUGCAAUCUGGUUAUGAAUGGCACAAAGAACGUGGACGGUUCCCACUUCUCAGAAAAUCCUUCAGACCAGCAGCAGCAGCAGCAACAACAACAGUCACAACCACCACAGCAACAGCAGCAGCCACCGCAGCAGCAGCUGGAGGAGAUCGCUGUCAACGAGCUGGAGUCUGUCAAAGAAAACAACUGCACAUCAAACUGUCAGCUGGAGUUAGAGGCAGGGAUCUCCGUUGACAGUCCGCUGAGCAGCCUGGAGAGAUGGAGCAGCGCAGUCAACUUCCCCGCCACCAAAACGCCGGCAGCCGGCACCUCUCCGGAGCGGCACGCUGCGAGCCAGGUGAUAUCCCAUCGGAAGCGGCACUACUUUCAGUGUUCGGAGUUGAAAGAGACAGCGUGGAAUAAUGCCGUGCAGAAACAAACCGAGUCCAGCCUCUCCUCCUCUCGCUAGACCGUCUGCAGAAACACCAUCCAGCCAUCAGACCGAGUGUGUGGCUUGUCCUGCCCCCCCCCCUCCUCCUCCUCCUCCUCCCCCCCCCCCCCCCCCCCACCACUGGGCCGGGGACGGAGAGGGGUCUCCUCUCCCCGGGACUCUGCCCUAAAGUGACCGGUUUUCGGGGGCUCGUUUUCUUUUUGGUUUUGUUUUUUCCCUUCCUAUACGAGCACGGAUACAAGGACCAAUUCGAGGCAUUUGCUUUUCUUUAAGGAAACCCUCUCCCUCUCUCAGUCCCCUCUGCGCCUGUCCCCGCCCGCAUCGAUGGACUGGAUCCAGAUGGUUGAGCUGCUCAAGAGGCCAAGUUCAGCUCCUCGUCUCCAAUCAACAGCUCGAUCAGCAGUCCCGCUCGUACCCAGGAAGCAAGGCCAGGCUACUCCUUGUGCGAGCGAAGCAAAGCAGUUGAUUAACGGUGGUCUCGGUCAGGGUGCAAAUGGAGUGGUUAACGUUGGAGCCUCUUCCUUCCAAACUGCUGCUGCCGCCUCCAGCACCCCCUCGGGUUUCUUGGGAAAGCCGCGUUUUCCAGUGUUACGUGCUUUAACCAACCUCGAUUUUUAUUUGGAACUGUUACAGGAAGCAGCGCGAAUCGUGCGUUCUGUACCGUGGCUAUUCCGCGCGUUUAUGUUUGCCAAGGGGAUCUGAACAGUCGUUCAGUAUCCAACCAUUGUGUUCAGAGUCUUUCCACCCCCACCCCUCGCCCAGGCAGCACACCUUCAGGGAGCACUGAAGGAGAGAGAGUUCUAGACGCCAAGAUAUCCCGAAGGAGGGGAGUAAUCGGAGGGGGUGUAAUUUGUUCGGCGAAUUGAUAAACAGUGGUGACAUUUCAAACCCUGGUGGUUUUUUUUCCGUUCAGUGCUGGAGGAAGUCGGCGAGACAGACUCCGCUACCACCACGCACACUCACCACGAAUAGGUGGCAUGGAUUGAAAGUAGCCGACGCAGACACUGCACGAAGAUUGAGAAAGAGGCUCUCGUAUUUUAUUUUUAAUUUCUCCUGUCUGAGUUUUUAAAGAGAAAUGUGCAAUUUAAUCCGCGGAUGCUGGGUGGAUAAACAGGGUAGGAUAUUCUUGUCUGCACUGUGACAGUCCAAGCCGAGAAUGCACAGUGCGCCCUAUACAAGCCUGCUAGCGCUGCCCUUGAAGGAUACUGGCUAUGUAUAGUUCGGGAGUCUCAUUUUGCAUGGUGGUUUACGUUGUGCAAUCAGCAGUUUGUUUCGAUGUUUUGUGUAUUUUUUUAAAG